GCGUUCGCGUGGGCUGUUAUUUUAACUAGAAAAUGUAUAUAUAUUUUUUUGUUGAAAACUUAUAGUGCAAUAGACACCGCGGUCGUUUUGUUAUUGUUCAUUAUUGUUUUGUUUUUUUGAUGAUUAUUGUUAAACAAUUUAGUUCCAUUAGACUACAUUCGUACCUACCAUGCAAAAAUUAAUUAGCCUGUUUUUUGUUUUCACUUUAAACCUUUAUUCUAAAUAAGCGUAUUAUUACACAACAAUAUAUUACACUCGAUAUGAAUCUAACGGCGACCGAAAACAUCAUCAUUAUAUUCUGAGGUUGUACUUGACACUCAAAAACGAUGAACGGAUACCGUCCCGACAGAAUACUCUUCAAUCAGUAUUUUGUCAUAUUGAUAUUGUUGGUCGCGAGGUCGGUGACUCAAGAUCAAUGGCUAAACGUGACGUCGGAUUACACUGCACUGAAAAGCGACCUGAGCAUAGAGCUGAUGGAACCAGGUUCUGUCGUACAGCUAUACGAAGUGAAAAACGACAACAAUUACACGUUGAUGGGAACGAUACCAGUCGACGAAAAUUGGCCUUCCAACGUUACCAUACACUGUGGCGUCAUCACCAAAGGUGGACGCUACGCCCUUCAGUUGAUAUCCAACGGCUCGGCGACGGAUGUCUCGAACACGGAGGAAGAUUUGAACGAGGACAAUACCGUCGAACUCGAUGUUCGGUGGCCGUCGGCUAGUCUGUCGUUUGAACCGAAACGCAUUACAACGUAUCCCGAACCCUGGCAACAAGUCGUGGUCGUGGUGAGGUUCGAAGAGCCACAAUGUGAACCAGCCGUCGGUUCAGCAGUGCCCGUGCUGUGGUUGGACGUGAUGUACUGUGGUUUGACGGCGGUUGCUUGCAAUAACGUCUCUAGAGUCGCGUCUCCUCGCGAUUCCGUCGAGCACUUGAUAGUCCACUCAGAGCAAAUUCGCGGAUAUUCUAAGUUCAGGAAAGUGUUGAUAAAUUGCGACUCUUUCGGUAUCGCUGGUUUCUAUUCGGCUGUACUUAGGCCGCCCGAGCGUCAAGCGGUCGCCGUGGCUUCCGCAGCCGCUCACGAACAAUUGGAGGUGGUGGCAAACAAUAAAUUCACGCUGAACGUGCACGGUAAAUCGAUUUUCCCCUGCGACAACUACGGCGGAGGCGUCCCCAUAGACUUCCACUAUCCGUCGUGUAUCUUACCCUCGGCCGACAAAGUGAGACUGUUCGGACGAUUGCGGGAUAACGUUUCCACCCUGUUGCCGCCUACCAAGUUGCACUACAUUUCCGAACACCGAAUAGACAAAGGCCGGCACAAUGUGUACUUUGAUUGCGAGCUGUUCUCCGAAAAGUACAUAGAAUACUGUUUCGUGUACGUAAACCAAGCGAUAAACAAGGCGUAUACAAACAUAAAGACGCAAUGCGUUCCCACGUUACCGAUUACAGACAGCGAUUCUGGACAAUGGAGUAAAUGGAGCGAAUGGUCACCGUGUUCGACCACAUGUUACGGCGGGACGAGAAAUCGGUACAGGACUUGUGAUUCGCCGCCACCGAAAUAUGGAGCUAAAUUUUGUCAGGGUCCGUCUUUAGAAACGGAAAAAUGCGGUGAAAAAGAAUUGUAUGGUAAAGAAUGCGAAAAGGUCGAACAACAAAUUACACCUUCUGGAAAUCAGUCGGACACAGUCAUUAUGUAUGGUGAAAUUGGGAAUGAAGAUCUUCCUGAAGAAUGCCGAUGUGGUUGUGUAAUUCAUAUGUCGAAAGAAAUCCGAACGUUGCGGGCUUCAACGAAAACUUGUCCUGGGCGCUCACUGUGGUUGAUAAAGACUUAUGACGAUACAAUUAUUCGAAUUAAUUUCGCAAGACUAUUUUUGUCAUGUCCGGAACAAUGGGUAAAACUUCGAGACGGUGACUCUACAGCUUCUGAUCUUUUAGCCCAUUACGAGGGCGCUUCGAGUUUGCUUAGAUCAAUCAGAUCGACGAGUACAAAUAUGCUUUUGGAAUUUUUUUCAAAGCCUGCUUUAUCAUCGAGUGAUGAAUGUUCAGGUGGAUUUUUGGCCGUAAUAAGCCGAACAGAGGCGAAUCAUUUGAAUUUGACGGAUUUCAGUCACGUUCAUUUCAAAGACAAAGUUCUAAUCAUAAUAUCACAUAUUGAUACAUUUCUAGCCACCAUCUCGGCAGUUAUAUUGUUUUUGGUCUUUACUUGUGUGUGCUUCACUUUACAGUUUGCCGAACGCAAACAUAAGUACCACAAAGCGACAACGGUGGACAAGCAAUCGAUUGGUUCGGCGCAGAGCAUGUUGAUUGAAAACGAUCACAUGACAUCCACGACAUCGAUACAGUCACAAGCACUGUCGAGGAAUGAAGCUGUGAGCUUGAACAACAAUCAAGACGAGAUAGAAAGAGAUAACGAUUCCGUAGCCAAGAGUGAAACGGAAAACAUACCAGAUCAUUCGGUCACCCGUUCACCGGCCAAACGUUCUUGUGCACUUUUCGAGUCACAAUCGUCGCUGUCGUCCCGUCAAACCAUGGUGCAAUCGACUUCGAGUUUGAACCGCAGACAAAGAGGUCGGAGGCUGCACAAUCCGUUGAACAGCAGCACGGAUUCGAGUAUCCACGGCCAUGACGUGUCCGACUUGGAAAUGGACUACUACGAUUACAACGUGCACAACACCAGCAGCGUGCCGGGAUCUUACAUAGGGAUGGAUCCGGCUUAUUGUCUUUGGAUACCGCCGUUGUCGGACCGGAGUCCCGGCGCGGAGCACCGCGAGACCAUUGAGAUGUCCGUGUUGGACAGUAGUAAAAGCGACAAGUGCAAAAGGAACUGCGAGAUCAGCGGCAAGUCCGACAACAGGUUGUCGGCGGACAGCGAGUCCACGUUGGUCGGCGAAGACUGCGUAUCGUUGAACACGCUCGAAGCGUCGCCGAACAGGGCCGGACCGUUUGGCAAAGAGAAACACAAGUCUGAGUAUGCCAACGAUUCGACUAUUAGAUUUGUCGACGAAGACGACGGUGUGGAAAUUAAGGAUACGGUUUCCGUUUAUGUCGACAACAAAAUUGUCUACAACAAAAGCUAAAUAAUUACAUAUAUUACCUAUAUGUAUUAUUGCAGUAGUUGAACUUUGUUUUGAAAAAUACCUAACGCUCGUUCUUGUUGUAACUAUUUUCUUUUACAUAAAUCCUUCAAAUGUCGAUAUUUUCCUAAGGGUACUGUUUUUAAACUCUACCUACCUCGAAAGCAGUACCUACUUACCUAACUAUGGUUGUCAAGAGAUGUUGCUUUCUAUUUCGUAGAAAUUACUGUGAACUAGACGAUUAAUAAACAAAAAUCUUUGUGUUUUA